AGCUCAGUGUCCGUCCGUCCCUCUCUUUCAUUUCACAGUUUCACACGCACGCACUCCAUUGCUGCCUUCCUCAUUUCAUCGUCGUCUACCUCUAUCCAAUUCCAACACGGCCACCUAUAAAUACACAUCCCUCUCGUCGAGCUGAGCUCAGCUAGCUGCAUGCCAGCCUGCCACCAUUGGAGAGGAUUGGAGCUCGGCCGAGCAGAGCACGGUGUGUCUGACAUGGCAGCGCUAUGGCUAUCGAGGGCGUCGACCCAGCUGGCGCGCCGUGCAGCGAGGAGGCUUCCUGCCGGCCGCGGCUCCGGCGAACCCACCACCAGUCCAUGGUUCUUGGGAGCGGUGCCGCCGCCGGCUCUUGGAUCGACGGCGGCGGUGGAGACAAGCCGGCGCCGGGGCUUCUGCUCCGUACGAAGAUUCGCAGGGGAGAGCAGCGCUGCUGCCGCCACUGUCGUCGACGAGGAGCCGGAGAACGGAUUCGUCGCCAGCGAUCAGCAGGCAGUUCACUUCCCUGGAGGCAAAGUUUCUUUCGUGGCUGAAAUGAACUUCCUUCCAGACUCGAUGAAGGAAAGGAUAAACUGCUACCGUGUGCUUGAUGAUGACGGCAGAACUAUAUCAGGCAGUAGAUUCCAAGAGGUCAGUAAGGAGUUGGCUGUGAAAAUGUACAGCGAGAUGGUCACACUCCAGAUCAUGGAUACCAUUUUCUAUGAGGCUCAGAGGCAGGGUAGAAUCUCGUUUUAUCUCACUUCCAAUGGCGAGGAAGCAAUCAACAUAGCCUCUGCUGCUGCGCUCAGUAUGGAUGACAUUGUGCUGCCUCAGUACAGGGAACCAGGUGUUCUUCUAUGGCGUGGCUUCACUCUGCAGGAAUUUGCAAACCAGUGCUUUGGGAACAAGCUGGACUAUGGUAAAGGGAGGCAGAUGCCCAUUCAUUAUGGGUCAAACCGUCUGAAUUAUUUCACUGUCUCAUCGCCUAUUGCAACUCAGCUUCCUCAUGCUGUUGGAGCUGCCUACUCUCUGAAGAUGGACAAAAAGGACGCAUGUGCCAUCACAUACUUUGGCGACGGUGGAACAAGUGAGGGAGACUUCCAUGCAGCGCUCAACUUUGCAGCUGUUAUGGAAGCACCAGUGAUCUUCUUCUGCCGUAACAAUGGCUGGGCAAUCAGCACCCCAACUACUGAACAAUUCAGAAGUGAUGGAGUUGUAAUCCGUGGCCAGGCUUAUGGGAUCCGUGGUAUCCGAGUAGAUGGCAAUGAUGCUCUUGCUGUGUACAGCGCAGUCCAUGCAGCCCGAGAAAUGGCUAUAACUGAAGGAAGACCUAUUUUAGUUGAGGCACUUACAUAUCGAGUUGGUCAUCACUCGACGUCCGAUGAUUCAACCAAGUACAGGCCAGUUGAUGAGAUUGAGCACUGGCGAACAGCAAGGGAUCCAAUUUCCAGAUACAGAAAAUGGGUUCAGGGUAAUGACUGGUGGUCUGAUGCUGAAGAAUCUGAGCUCAGGAGCAGAGUGAGAAAAGAGCUUCUUCAAGCCAUCCAGGUUGCAGAAAGAAUGCCAAAACCACCAGUUGCUGACCUUUUCACUGAUGUUUACGAUAAGAUUCCUUCUAACCUAUGUGAACAAGAGCAAUUGCUGCGGGAUACAAUCAUGAAGCACCCUGCAGACUACCCAACUGAUGUACCCGUUUAGUAUUCUUGCCCUUAGAUGAGCAAUAUCGUUGUGUAAUUAUUGAUGACUCAGGUCCAUAGCAUUUUAAAUAAUAUAGUGAUUCAGCCAGUAAAACUGCUGAUUCAACAGGUUCUUAAACAAGAAUUCAACCUGGCAGAUGCUCACACCAAAAGCUCAUAGAUGCAUUGCCCUGUUGCUGGCAUUUUUGUGAAAUAGAGUAAUACUAAUAUAUUUCA